UUCCUAAACCUGGCAACCCUCCCUCCGUUAGGCGCAGUCCAUCGGCUAGUCACACGUACAUGUAAUGUUUCUUGUUAGACUUGUUUUCUCAAAGUGUGGAUUUUGUACUGCUACUUUGCUGUGAGUUUGACAGACAGAGCAGAAAAACUCGAUCUAUCUGAGUGCUAGCCGGCUGGUCAUUUGUCGGCAUAGAAUUAGUUUGGCCCUGUGGUUAUUUGAGCUAGCUACAUAAGCUAGCCGUGUAAUCCUGUUUUGCUAGCAUAGCGGCUAGUGCUGGUGGCUUCCAAGGCAGCACUCUUGGAUCUAAAUCACAAUAUCACAAUGGACAAAGCGGAUUUCCUGAAAGGUCUCCCGGUCUACAACAAGAGCAACUUCAGUAGAUUCCAUGCAGACUCUGUGUGCAAAGCAUCGAAUAGAAGACCAUCAGUUUAUCUGCCAACACGGGAAUAUCCAUCAGAGCAGAUUAUUGUCACAGAGAAAACAAAUAUUCUUUUGCGCUACCUCCAUCAACAGUGGGACAAAAAGAACGCCGCCAAGAAGCGGGAACGGGAGCAAGAGCAGGGAGAAGGAGGCAGUCCCGCACCAUCACGCAAAAUCGCACGGACCGACAGUCAGGAAAUGAACGAAGACUCCUAAACUGGAUUGUUACCAAAACAGCACAGGGACAGGCACAAAAAAUGACAGCCUUUUCAGAAUAAUACAUGGUCUACAUUUCUUGUAGACACCUGCACAUGAGACUGGCUUUAAAAAUGAAAAAGAAAAGUGAGACCUUUU